AUGGCGAUCCUAUCGGCUCGACUCAAACCCGGUCGCAGAAAGCUAACCAGGCCUAACGUGGUUCCUAGCAAGGCAGCCGCGCCAACACUGGCGGUGCAAAAGGUAGUGGAGAAGCUAGAGCUGUUGGAGCUGCCAAAGAGAGCAUGGAGAGAAGAAGAUGAUUCCAGCCAGUGCAGCGGAAACCCGUCAACAACGCUUGUGCCAAGACUGGCUACGCUGAUCAUCGAGGCUGGAAUCUCCGCAGAUGAUUCUCUGAUUGCCUGA